AGUCUGCAGCUAGCGGCCCCUACGCAGUUAUCUCUGCUGUAAGAUCUGAGACACUCUGUGCUCCGCUCAGCGGGAGUGCAGCUAGUUCUAAGAUUGUUAGUGUUAGAGGUUUUAAUGUUUAGGGGAAAGCAUUAUUCGUCUGGGACAGAGAUAUCAGCUAUAGCCUCUAUUUUAUUCUCUCGCUCUUGUACAUACAUGUGAUACGACCGCUGCAUUGACUAAAAAGAGUUACCUGGCCUGCGAACCCAUUUAUAAGGUGAUAAACUAUAAUGAACAUUCUAGUCAGAGGUAGCCGGAAAAAGGAGACUGCUUUUACAGCGCGUCUGAGUGCUUCUGCGUUUGCUUGUGUGUGUGUGUGUGCGUGCGUGCGUGCGUGUGUGCGUGUGUGUGUGUGAAGCACCUGGUGCCAGUCUCUAUAGGGAUAUUUGGAAACGCAUUCUGAACUCAACUACCUCCCUCCUGUUAUUGUGCAUAGAGCCUGCAAGAGGAGAGCUUUCUCCUGUGGAGGAUGCCUAACAGGCUGAAGACGCAGUCCUGAAGAUUGAUGGAGGGCCAUGCUAUUCAAACAGCAGGUGUUGCUGAGACAGAAGCUCUUUGUGCUAGGCAGCCUUGCUAUUGGAAGUCUCCUGUAUCUAGCUACCAGAGUUGGGAGCUUGGAUAGGCCCCAGCCUAUUUGCCCCAUAGAAGGUCGAUCAGGCUCCAACCUCCCUGAGCAAAUCCCCCUGCGCACCCUACAGUUCAAGCGUGGCCUGCUGCACGAGCUUAGGAAAGGCAACGCCACGACAGAACAGAUUCGACUUCACAACCUGGUCCAGCAGCUCCCACAAGCGAUCAUCAUUGGAGUGCGGAAAGGGGGCACCAGAGCCCUGCUGGAGAUGCUGAACCUGCACCCAGCCAUGGUCAAAGCCUCCCAGGAGGUCCACUUCUUUGAUAACGACCCCAACUACGCCAAGGGCAUCGAAUGGUAUAGAGGGAAGAUGCCCUUUUCUCACCCGCAUCAAAUCACCAUAGAGAAAAGCCCUGCCUACUUCAUCACUGAGGAAGUCCCAGAACGAAUCUUUAAAAUGAACUCGUCCAUCAAACUGCUACUUAUCGUGAGGGAGCCCACGACCAGAGCCGUUUCUGAUUACACUCAAGUGCUGGAAGGUAAGGAAAGGAAGAAUAAGACCUACUACAAAUUUGAGAAGUUAGCAAUCGACCCCAACACCUGUGAGGUCAACACGAAGUACAAGGCCGUGCGCACCAGCAUUUACACAAAACAUUUAGAGAAGUGGCUCAAAUACUUUCCCGUCGAACAGUUUCAUAUCGUGGAUGGAGACCGGCUCAUAACGGAUCCCUUGCCAGAGCUUCAGCUUGUGGAACAAUUCUUAAAUCUCCCUCCAAGGAUUAGUCAGUUUAACUUGUACUUCAAUGCCACCAGAGGGUUUUACUGCUUGCGAUUUAACAUUGUCUUUAACAAGUGCCUGGCAGGUAGCAAAGGGCGAAUACACCCAGACGUGGAUCCCUCUGUUGUUACCAAACUGCGCAAGUUUUUUCACCCUUUUAAUCAGAAGUUUUACCAGAUCAUUGGAAGAACAUUUAACUGGCCAUGAAGCUAAAUGUUUACAACAUCUACGUUAAACUAACAGACCUUUUAAAAAAAUGUCUGUUACAAACUACAAAAAAGCACUUCUAUUAUAAAAUAAAGACAAGCAAAUUAUGAUGCGACCAAAUAUGAAAUGGAAUCAACGUUUGUUUUAUUUAUUUAUAUAUGAAAUAUAUUGGCAGUUUAAAGGUCUAAGUUCAUUAACACUUUAUUUUAGGUGACCAUUCUAACCAUAUAACACAUAUUUACUGUUUUAAAUGACAGAUUUGUAGAUUUCCGUUUGUGUCUGUACAUGAAUAUAAUUAAAAUUAAGUGUUUAUUUUGUAAAAGAAACAUUAAAAAAAAAAAUCAGCCCAGAUUUUCAAAAUUAACAAUUUGUAGCAGAAGAUAGAAAUGCUGCUCAUAUUACAUUGCACAAUUACCCUUUUAAAAACAAUAAUUUUGUCUGAUCUGCACAAACUUAAAGUCAUUUGCAUAAAAGAGAUAACCGCCAUAACAUUUGAAACAUUGUCUUUGUACUAAAAUAGAGAAAAUCAAACACGCUUUUGCUUCAAGGCAAGCUGCUUUGUUUUUUGUUGUUGUUUUUUUUUUUUAAAUAUGGGUCUGUAUAACAAUUUUACAGUUUUCUGUUUUAUUUUGUUUUUAUGGGUUUGUUUUUUUUAAAGAAAAAGCCAUGUUAAAUAGUAAUUCACAGCUGUUAUUUUUAAAACCAUUUGUUUGAUGGUUGACAUAUGAGUUCCAUCGGGGGGGGGGGGGGGGGGGCAUGACACAAUACUGGGAACAAUACAGAUGUUUUAAAAAACCUGAUUUAUUUUCCAUUCAUCUACAUUCUUCUAUUUAUAUUAUUUUAUCUUAAUCCUUAAUUUUUUUCUUUUAUAGUAUUUUAUAGUAUUAUGUCUCUUUUAUUUCCAUAUACUUUCUAUUACACACAAGGAACUGUAUACACUAUACUAUUUAUAAAAUCCCUGAAACGCUACCAGUCAUUAGGAGCAAUCAACGAUGGGUAUUAACACCAAUUAACACAUGGCCUCAUAAAUAAUAUUCAUGCAUCCCCUGUAAAUCAUACUACAUUGUGUGGAAAUGACACUGGGGUUGGUUGCUAAAGCAUUUUUACUGGUUUUUUCCAGCAUGUGCAGAAACACUGUGUAUUAUGGCCAGCUAUUGCAACUACAGUUUGUUUUGUUGGUAACUGGCAUUCAGAGCACCACCAGGAAGUCAUAUGGAAGUUUUUGACAUGUUACAGCAACACAUUUCCAAAGCGAACCAAAAAAAAACAACUUGAUUUAGUUUGAGCUCCAUUUAGCUGUGUUUUAGCUCCAUUCAAGCUUUCAUAAAUAAGUCUAUGGGCAGCUGUUUAAAGAGACGUUGACCCCUUUUAUUAAAAAAAUAUAGGCUGUAUUUUUAAAGCAUUAACAUGCCAAUAAACUUGCAUUAUAGUGCUUUAUAAAGAUCUUUAUAAAGCACUAUAAUUUACAUUGAUAUAUUUACAUAUAUCAAUGUAAAUAUACAUUGAUAUACUUAUUGAUAAGUAAUUUGGUUUAUAUCAAAGACAGAAAAAGUCCAUUACUGAUAAAAUAAAUUAUAGAGACUUUUGCAAGAGUGUGUACUGUAUGUGUGUUUGUUUCAACACUUAUUUGUGAACUAAAUUGUAUGUAUAAUGUGGUGUAAAUAUUCUUCAUGUCUGUGAAAAUUAGUCAUUUCAAGGAUAUGGAAACGGAAACUAACGCGCACCCACACAUUUAUCAUCAAUGUUAAUUAUAAAUGUAUUUACCAAAACUGCUUCUUUUUUU